ACGUCACCCGUUUCUAGAGCUACGCCUCUAAAAGACUGCCGUGCCGACGGAAGUCGCCUGUGAAGGAUGGCGGAAUUUCCGGUUGCCGGUGUUGCGUGGUGUCCCUUGUGAAGAGACGCCCCUAGCGGGGGGCGGGAGGCAGAAUGAAUUAUAUGCCGGGCACAGCAAGCCUCAUAGAGGACAUAGACAAAAAACACCUUGUCCUUCUCAGAGAUGGAAGAACUCUCAUCGGAUACUUGAGAAGCAUCGACCAAUUUGCUAAUCUCGUGCUGCACCAGACGGUGGAGCGCAUACACGUCGGGAAGAAGUAUGGUGAUAUCCCCCGGGGAAUAUUUGUUGUGAGAGGCGAGAAUGUGGUUCUCCUCGGAGAGAUUGACCUAGAAAAAGAGAGCGACACUCCGUUACUUCAAGUUUCCAUUGAGGAAAUCUUAGAGGAGCAGCGAGUAGAGCAGCAAAGCAAGCAGGAGGCAGAGAAGCUGAAGGUGUUGGCCUUAAAGGAACGGGGUCUGUCUAUUCCCCGAGCGGACACCUUGGACGAGUACUAAGCUCCUGUAUUGGAGGAUGAC